GAGUGUCGCGUGCGAUGAGGACGCUGGGAGUCUGGCGAUUUGUGGGUUAGGGUUCUGGGCUACGCGCGGCGUGCUCUCACAUCCCUGCUUUGAAUCUCCUUUGAAUUUCCGUGCUUUUACACCACCACUUGCACGACGCAAUUGCCAUUUCCAGCGACAGCAGCCGUAUACCACGAUAUCGCAAGGGUUACCAAAGAUGUCAAAGGCACAUCCAAGGACCCUUCAGGUGUUCGAGGCGCUGAUCUGCCCUCGGGCCCUUCCCCGGAAUUUCGGAACCGCAUGGACACGGCCUGCGACAAAGGCGCUCGCACGGAACUUCACGGCGAUACCAUUACAAAGAAUGUCCCCACUUGUAUGCGGUGCCAGGCUGGGAAUAGGUCGGACGGGGACGGGGAAUGGUGGAAGGUCUUUUGCACCAGCUCGGACGUUUUUCUGGUCGUCCAAGCCAAAAGACCUGGCCGCUUCGCAGACUGAUGGCAGUGCCGAAGAGCCGAUAUGGCACGACUCAGCGACGCCAGAAUUGCUUCCGGGAGCACAGUCUGCUCUUACACCAGCGCCGCCUGCAGGUUUACCUCCUCCCAUCAUAGCGCCAGCAGGAGUGAGCGCAGAACAAAUAGCAUCAACCGCAUCAACCGCCACCCCCUCCUUUAUCACGAACCCCGCAAUAGCAGAAGCCGCAACUCAACCCGCCCUAUCAGCAAUCACCCACAUUGGCGACCUCAAACAAAUCGGGCUUGGAGGCUGGACACCCCCCGGCCUCGCGCAACAGAUGUUCGAAGCCAUCUACGUCACCACCGGCCUGCCCUGGUGGGCCACCAUCGUCGCCGGCACCCUCAUCCUCCGCGUGGCCUUACUGCCCCUAACAUUCCGCAUGCACCGCACCGCCGCGAAAAUGCAGGGACUCGAACCGAUCAUCAAACCCCUCCAAGAGGAGAUGAACCGCGCGGGCGCCAACAACGAUCAUGACGGCAAAAUGGCCGCGGCGUUGAAGAUGAAGGCGGAGUUCAGCAAGGCGGGCGUGAACCCGUUGGCGGGCUUGUGGGCGUUUGCGCAGGCACCCGUGUAUAUUUGUGUCUUCUUUGGACUGAGGGCAAUGGCGUUGGCGCCCGUGCCGGGGUUUGAGACGGGCGGGUUUGCGUGGUUCACGAAUUUGACGUUGGCGGAUCCUACUUAUGUUUUGCCGGCGAUUGCGACGGCUGGGAUGUUAUUGACUAUGGAGAUCGGCGCGGACGCUGGCCGUCCCAUGGCGGGCACAAUGAAGAACGUCUUCCGCGUUCUCGCCUUGCUAGGGUUCCCCCUGACCGCCCACCUGCCAGCUGGCAUUUUCAUGUACUGGAUCGCCACAAACUCCUUCAGCGUCCUCCAAGUCGCCGCGCUCAAAUCGAACGCCAUCCGCGCCAUGCUCGACAUCCCCGCCGUCAAACCCCCCACAUCGGUCACGACCACCCCGGAGGAGAGCGAGGAUGUGUGGAGGAGCGCGACCCAGCUGAGGAAGACGAGGGAUGAGGCCGCGGCGAAGGCGGGGCAGAGGAUAAAGCAGCGGGCUGCGAAUGCGAGGAGGGGACUGUAGCGUAACAUAGAGUUCGUUGCGCACGGUAUUGUGUGUCGAAGCGCUAUGGGUUUAGGACAGAUUGUUCGUAGAUGUAGAUUCAUG